CCACAAAUGAGAUUUAUUUCGUAAACACAUACUUUCCUUAUGAUGCUUCGAUUCUCUUCCAUAUGUUUCAAUUUUGACAUUUUCUGACUUGUAGGAAACCAACUUGGCAGAAUUCCAAACAAAGGAGGGUUCACUGAACCUUUCAAAGAAGAAGUGGGAGUCUUGUGAUUUAAUUGCAUCGCCCUCAAGGAAUGUCUUUCGAAAAUCGUAUGAAUUUUUACCUCAGUCUGUUUCCAGUAAUUUGAAGUUCCUUCUGGACACUUCGUUCGAUACCAAGCUUUCAGACAAUACUCAAGAGCUUUUACAGCAGCCCUCAACAACAGUUUAGUCACCAGUCUGCCAUUCCAAGGAUAUCAGCAAUUGUAAUAUAAGUACCAGAGUUGGAAUUUCACUGGUAACAUUACCGAAGACAUCCUGUGUUCAGACACGAUAGCUUACCUGCUGAGAGUAUAAUUUCUACAAAAUAUGGAAAUUGAGUCAGAAACCAGAAUGCUGGAGGAAACACAGAGAAAGAACAUCUCAAUUUCACCAAAAUCCGCACAAGAAAUAGAAUCAACCCAAAAUGAAGUUGUUAAGGAAGAUCUACAAGCUGCUCGAAGGAUUGAGAAAUUUGCCAUUCCCCUAGAUGACCUGAAAAUGCUGUUUGAGAGGUCAGACACACCAAAGAGCAAAAAGGAACUGAGAGGUGGACGUUCACUCUCUUCAGCUUCAAAGCAGCAGUCUCCAAACCCUUCAGACAGCUUUUUAAGUAAUCUGGAUUGUAAGGUUACGGGAGAACUGGAGGAAACAAUGUCCCUGGACAGCAAGGAAACAAACACCAAUGAGGCUGCUUUGACAUCUGAUGAGCCUAGCCAGGCUGACAUUGUGCCUCUUGAUUUCGAGGAGACUGUCUCACUUAAGGACAGAUUGGCCAUGUACCAAGCAGCUGUUUCUAAGAAGACAAGCAACAGGGCAUCAGCUGUGGAUCCAGCAGAAGAAGCCCGUGCCUUGCCUGGAGGUCUAUCAAGUGUGAAAAAACAAUUUGAAUCACAUAGUACUGUUGCUCACUACCAGCAGCAAUCUGUGCAGGAUGUGACAAGCACGAGCAAAGUUAAAGUGAACAGCAGCACUCGAAAAACUGAUCAGGAAGAUGAUCUACCAUCAACAACUGAACAGCUUUUAACCUACAAAAUGGAAACGGCUUCUGUUAUGGAGCAGAAUACUCAUCUGUCAAGUAAAGUGGGCAACUUUGAAAAUUACUUCAAUGAUUUCAGUGUGGAUGGAGUGACUGAGGAUGAAAAGCCAAAAAUUUCCACUCAGAUGUUAAAAGAGCAAUUUGAAAAAACAGCCCAACCCACUCAAAUGGCAACUAACACUACCAAAAAGAUUAAGACAGAGCAUAACUUCCAAGAGAUGCAGUGGCCUCCUGCUCUUUCUACUUCCAACAUCUCCACAACAGCAGGCAAGAAUUCUGAAGUUACAUCAUUAAGGAAAGUAGACAGUACAGCUGCUUCAGUUUCUAUCAGCUCUAGUAAUUGUGAAAACAUGGAAGAAUUCCCUCCUCCGCCACCAGAUUUACUCAAUGCACCAUCAGAGAUAACUUAUUUUUUGCAGUCUCCUGAACCACCCCUUUCUGCAACAAAACAAAUCAUUCCCAAGGACGUGUAUUCAAAGCAAAGAAACCUUUAUGAGCUAAAGCGUUUGUAUAAACAUAUCAAUCCAGGAGUGAGAAAGAACCUGGAAAAGGAAUUUAAUCAAGAGAUCAGUGAAAUAGUGACAAAUAAAUCAAAAGAUAAUGAUAUAAUGGGGGAUGUACAGCAAGCUAAGUAUGUUUUUGAAUACACUGGUCAUAGCCCCCAGAAAUGUAUGAGCCCAGAGAGAGAGUAUUUAGAAUGGGAUGAGAUCCUUAAAGGAGAGGUACAGUCAAUGCGCUGGAUGUUUGAGACUCAACCAUUAGAUUCUAUCAAGGAUGAAACCCCUGACCAAAGUGAUGCAAAGUGUCUUUCACAACAAGAAAUGAUAGCAGGAGGGGAUGUGAAAUAUACAACAUGGAUGUUUGAGACUCAAGCCAUUGAUACACUUGGUGUAAGUUCUCCUGAAUCACCAGAAAACACUGGUAAGAUCCCUGAAUUAGCAAGAGGAGAUGUCCGCACUGCCACUUGGUUAUUUGAAACACAACCACUUGAUUCAAUGAAUAAGAUUCACCAAGAAGAUGAACAGGCAAUAGAAAUCUCUACUGCAAAAGAUAUUACUGCUGGCGAUGUCAAAACUGCAAGAUAUUUAUUUGAAACUCAGUCCCUAGAUACACUUGGACACUUGGAUUCAGUCGAUGAAAUGAACUUGCUGCAUCUGAAAACUGAAGUUGAAGAAAUUAAAGGAAAUGUGAAAAAAACAACAAAGUUGUUUGAAACGCAGCCACUCUAUGUUAUUAGGGAUCAGUCUGGUCAAGUUCUAGAAAUCCAAACUGUCAAAAGAGAGGAGAUUGAAAGAGGAGAUGUAAAAACUGCACUCUGGCUAUUUGAGACAAAGCCUUUAGAUACGAUUCAUAAGGAUGUUUCAAGUAUAAAAGUUGUAUGUGGUAUCUCUAGGGAGGAAGUUAAUGAUGGUGGUGUGAACAGAGCUAAAUGGUUAUUUGAAACGCAUCCCCUUGACAGCAUUAAAGAACAGUUAGAAACAGACACUUCAGUCAAGCUUAAAGAAGAAAUACAAGGUGCUGAUGUUAGUAGACAGUGCUGGAUGUUUGAAACCCAACCAUUUGACUCUCUAAAAGACAAUGAUAAUGCAAGACCUAUAGAAACGGAAGAAAUAAUAGGAGGUGAUGUACGUUCAACCAAACAUUUAUUUGAGACUGUUCCCAUGGACACAUUAAAGGGCAGUCCAGAUAUUGGAAAGGUUAAGCAUGUGAUUGCUACUGAAGAGGAAAAAGGGGACGUGAGGCACCAAACAUGGAUUUUUGAGACCCAACCACUUGAGAUGAUUGGAGAGGACAAGGAAGAAUAUACAAAAACAAUUCAUCUGGAAGAAAUCAACAAAGGUGAUGUCAGCAAUUACAAACAGUUGUUUGAAACUAUGAAUUUAAGUCACAUUGAUGAAUCUAAAAAGAUCCAAGUAGAUGGUGUUAUUAGUGGUGCUGUAUUGUCAAAUAGAACUUUAUUUGAAACAACUCCUCUAUAUGCAGUUCAAGAUAGUGCUGGACACUACCAUGAGGUUAAAACUGUGAGGAGAGAAGAAAUUGUGAGGGGUGAUGUUCGAACAUGUAGAUGGAUGUUUGAGACAACCCCUAUUGAUCAAUUUGAUGAAAGCCUUCAAAAGUUUCAAAUCAUUAGGGGUAUAUCGAAAGAAGAAAUACAAUCUGGUGAUGUGAAGACAGCUAAGUGGCUCUUUGAAACACAACCAUUUGAUGCUAUCAAAUAUUUUAGCAAUGUAGAAGAUGAAGAAGUUGUAACAAAGCAGCAUGAUGAUAUUAGGGGCGAUGUACAGACUUGCAGGUGGCUGUUUGAGACACAACCAAUGGAUGCUCUUUAUGAAAAAGUAGAUAUUAAAAACCAAGUUGAUGAGAUUCAGAAAGGCGAUGUAAAAACUUGUACUUGGUUAUUUGAAACUCAGCCUUUAGAUGCAAUAAAAGAUGAUUCAGAAACUGUUCUAACAAUGCGUACAGUUCAGCAGGAAGACAUCCAGGGAAGUGAUGUGCAAAUGGCCCGUUUUCUGUUUGAGACUGAAUCUCUGGGAAAUAUAGGCGGAGAGAAGGAAGAAUUUAGGCGGGUCACUAAAAUAGAUAUACAAUCAGGGGAUGUAUCGCGUAAGAAGUGGAUCUUUGAAAAUAAGUCUCUUGAUCUGAUAAAUUCCAGUUCAGAAGAGAUGUUGAAAAACAUUAGAUUUACCACAGCAAAUGAUAUUCAGAAAGGUAAUGUGAUUAAUUGCACUUGGCUUUUUGAAAAUCACCCAAUAGAUGCUAUAAAAGAGAAUAUUGAGGAACGAGCAAUUCUUCGUACAAUCACAGAUGUUCAGGGUGGGGAUGUUGAUAAAGGGCGAUUAAUUUUUGAGACCUUUUCACUAGAUCAGAUUAAGGACAACUCUUCAGAGAACACCGAACUUAAAAAGGUUAGCAUGGAACAAAUAGAAAAAGGAGAUGUUAAAAACUACACAAUGCUGUUUGAAACUCAGCCUCUAUAUGCCAUCAAAGAUAAGGAAGGAUGUUAUCAUGAAGUAACAACUGUUCGGAAGGAGGAAGUGAUCAGUGGAGAUGUGCGGGGCACUAGAUGGUUGUUUGAAACCAAGCCACUAGAUUUAAUUAAAGAAACUGAUGAAGUAUAUGUCAUUAAAGCUGUAACACAAGAAGAUAUUCAGAAAGGUGAUGUUUCUUCUGCACGUUGGAGAUUUGAAACACAGCCACUGGACAAAAUUGCAGAUCAUGAGAAAGUUAUUGCCAAAACAGUCUCUGAUGUACAAGGCGGUGAUGUGAAAUCCAAUGCUCAACUAUUUGAGUCAGACCUUGAUCAAAAAUAUGUUAGAACAGUCAGUGUCAGUGAAAUACAGCAUGGUAAUGUAAGGACAGCUACUUGGCUUUUUGAGUCACAUACCAUUGAUGAAAUAAAAGGGGAAGAUUCAGAAUAUGAAAGGAUUGAGACAGUUGGACGAGAAGAUAUACAAAAAGGAGAUGUAAAACAGGCCAUAUGGCUUUUUGAAAAACAACCAUUAAACAGCAUAAAGGAAAAUGAUGAUACAAACAUGAAAAUACUUGAAGAAAUUCCACAGGUGGAUGUUAAAACAACAACCUGGCUUUUUGAAACUACACCUUUACACCAAUUCACUGAAAAUCCUGUAGAAAGACCUGAAAUAGUGGGAAAAAAUAUUAAAGAAACACUUAAGUCACUUUAUGACUGCAAACUUGUUCAAUCCCAAGGAAUCCUCAUUGAAGCAGAUGAGGUCGGAGAUAUCAGAAUGGCAAAAUAUCAACUUCUAAACCAAACAUCCCCAGAGAUACAAAAAGAACAGAUUGUCAGAGGAGAUCUUCAAAAAAUAAUGAUGGAACUGCUCUCCAAGAAAGAAUCUACAGAAAAGGGGAUUACUAUAGAUACUAAUGAGAAAGGUAACAUUAAUCUGACAAGAGCACAACUUUUUAAGAAGCCAAUAAAUACAAAUAUAGAGAAAGAAGAUGUAAUUGGUUGUGAUAUUCAGCAAGUUAUCACCAAUCUUUUUAAUUAUGACAGUUCUGCAAAAAAGGGGAUUCUGAUUCAAGAGAGUGAGAAGGGGAAUGUGAAGAUGACAAUCUAUUCUCUUCUCAACAGAACAGAUGACAUGAAAAUUCAGCAAGAUGAAGUCAUAAAAGGUGAUAUACAAGCUGCACUUCAUAAACUUAUAGCUACUUCUCAGAACAGUGAAAAUUCACAGAAAGUUAAGGUAACUGACACUGAAAAAGGAAAUGUUCAGUUUUAUACAACUUGUAUUGAAUCGGGAGCCAUGGACUAUCUUAAAUUACUUCAGCAGGAGACUGAUGAAACUGCUGUGGCUGAACAAACAUCUAAGGAAGUAAUACAUGGAGAUGUUGAAGGUGCCAAACAAAAGCUUAAGCACCAACAAAUGCCAAUUCCUCCUCCUAUAAGUCCUAUUACACCUAAGGUCCAGGAAAUGAUCACUGCAGGACAUCCUUCUCCAUAUCCCUCACAGUCUGAUUUAAAUUUAAUACCACCAUACCUUCAUCAGUCACCUUCCCAACAAAGGAAACCUUUUAAUAAGGCACCAAAAUUGCAGCCUUCACUGAAAAUGCCAAACACUGAAUACAGCAAAGCAAAAGAGCAGCCUAAGAAAAAUCUUGUUUCAAAACCAAAUAUAACCAUGACUGAGGAUGCUUUAUUAUCAAAACAAGAUAUUCAACAGCAGAAAUAUCAACCCGCACAAGAGAAACAACACGAACCACAUGAGCAUUCAACGUGUCCACAAAUUAUACAAUCACCACUGCAUCAAUCAGUAAUACAACCUGCUCAAAACCCAACACAGAAAAAACAAGCACUGGCUCCUCCUCUUAACAAAGUGUUUUUGCCACUAGAGCCUUCAAUCAAAACAGACACUACAAAGCCACAACCCAAGCCCUAUACCAGGAAAUUUAAAACUCCUUUAAUGAUUGCAGAAGAAAAAUAUAGGAAAGAGAGGGAAGAAAUGGAAAAGAGUAAAGCAGCCAAAAUGGCUUGGCCCAUUAACAUGGGUAGGCUCACUACAGGAGCACUGAAAAGCCCAACUAAAGUAGAAUCUGAAAAUAGCCUCACAGUGAAGUCUCCAGUUUUACCAAAUAUCAUGUCAGUUGUUGAUCGUCUGACAUCCCCAACUAGCCAGGCAAUGGAAAAAGAAAAUAUGACUACUGUUGAUAAAUACCCGAUUUAUCCAAAAACAUCAGAGACCAUGACUGCAAAAGAUCUGAUCACUGCAAACACACUGUCUUCUCAUUCCCCAGCCCAGUCAGCAGUGGUAGCAGCUUCAGAGCAACUGCACAAUAUCUUAAAAUAUUCUAACAAUGCAAUCAGUCAUAAAGAAGAGAUAUUUAAUGCAUUUAAAGAUUCUGUGAAAGAUAUUGGAUUGGAAACAAUUAAACAAGACAAUGGGAUACACAAAAAGACACAAGAACAAUCUAGUCACCUGAAACCUCAUUCAGCAACUUCAUCAAAACUUAAGGUUGAAACUGUUCAGCCACCUAAAGAGAGUCAAGUAAUUCAAGAACAGAAAAAAAAUGCACUAUCCUACAAAAAGGAACAAAACCAAAUUUUGAAACCAGAAGCAAAUAAAAGUCAAGAGAAAACUGUCAUUAAACAGUUUCAUGUAAAAAAAAAUAACUAUGUGGAUAUGGCUAAACAAGAGCAGCAUCACAUUUUUGUUCAACAAUAUAAUCGUAUGGGUGAACAUUACCAACCUACAACUGAAGAAAAGGAUAAGAAAAUUGAGGAGACAACUAUUGCACAAACCUUUGCAACAAAUGUGGCACAAGAUCAAGUGAAAGAUAAGGUGAUACAGCAUUACAAACAACAAUCACAUAGAGCAAAUUUAAAAGAAACUCAGCAAGUACAGCAAAAGAAGGACAAAAGGGAGCUAUCUCAAGAAAUUAAGAGUGAAAAGAUGCAGAAGCAUCAUGUUAUGGCUCAGAAGGAGGCAUUUCCAAAAUUUCAAGGGGAACAAGACCAGCAGAAAAGUGACUUAGUAGGAAUUAAUCAAAAGCCUUUGGACAAACAGGCGCAUAUGAAAAAACAUCAUGAUUGGAAAGAAAUGCAAAUUUCAAAAAAUCUGACUGAACAGAAAGCUGACCAGGGCUCUUUUCAGGCAACAGAACAUCAAAGUUCUUAUCUACAAAAUGCAAAUAGCAAGCAAGGGCUGGUCCCUGCUCGCAUGGAGGAUAUAAAACAGGAAAAUAAAGAAAGUAGGAAAAGUAGAAAUACUGCUAUAUAUAAAAAGGAAAUUGAUAAAAAUGACGCUGGACAUUAUGUAGAAAUUAGUGAUAGUUACAAAAAGCGUGAGGAAUUGCAAAAUAUUUUGUUCCAACUUAUUCAGUUUGAAAAAGAGAAUGACAAUAUCGAUUUAAAUGCAAUACAAGCCUUUUUGGAAAAGGUUCCUAAAUGGCUGACAGAUGGCCAAGGAUUUCCAAUGAAGGUUAUCAAAGGAAGUAAUUUACAAAUACUGAAGAAAGAGCUAACACAAAUUAAACAGAAAGCAUUACUAAGGCUUGCAUAUUUUGAUGAAUCAAUGCAAAAAACAUUGAUUUCAAUGCCUGCUUUAAAACCUGAAAAAGAAACAUUUAGUGGUAGUGCACCAUCACAGAAGAUUUCCAAGAUAAGCAUUGGCUCCUGUAAGUUAGAUAAGCAAGGGAAAAGCAAUGCAGAAGAGCAAGUAUGUGAAAGUAGAAAACAACAGUUGUCUGAAAUUGGACUUGCAGAGCAGAGAGCCCAAUCGCCAGCAAAAAGAAUGUCAUCACCAUCCCCUUCUUACAUCACUAUUGAAUCUACUGCAAGGCGCACGGAAUCACCUCUUAGAGCUGUUGCCUCUCCACCACUUUCUCAGAAGCAGUACAGUACACCAUACCCAGUCCAACAGGAACCUACACCAACAUCUCCACUCCCAAUGCGUAGCUCAGAAAUGAAGACAUCCAGAAUUCGUACAUCUUCCACAUCAUCAGCCUCUCCACCACGAGGCAAACGUUAUGAUCAGCUUGCCAAACUUAAAGAUACUACAGCAAAACUGUCACAGGGAAUUUCACAGUCUGCACAGUCUACACAUGUUCAGGUGGCAGAAAAGAGGUCAGAAAUUAUUCCAUCACCAGCAACUCUUCGACGACAGUUAAAGAUUGACACACCGGUAACAGACAUGUUAGCUAAACAUGAAUCUCCUGUGUCAUCCAUUACAGUUAAGGAUAUGACAGAAAUGUUUGAGGAGGCUAGAAGGUCAGAAGAAAACAAAGUGUAUAUGCGUAAGGAUCCCAUUGACAUUCCAGAACGUUUGGGCUCUGACACCGAGGAGUCUGAAUCCAUUGUUAGCAAGCAGAAUGUUCAGAUGCCAAAAAUAGAUCUUUCAGAACUUGUUAAUAAGUUUGAAGUACCAGAACAAAUAAAUUAUUUUCAAAAGGAACCAGCUGAAAGAUUAGGAACGGAUAGUGGAAAUAAUCUAUUUGGGACGAAAACUGCAUUUGAGGAAAUCCUAACAUUUGAUAUGAAAUCUGUCAAGCCUCAAGUUGAAAGCUCUGGUCAAAUUACUAUUCCUAUAAAACAUGAACAUCCCCAGGGAGAUGGAAAGGUUUUGCAGAAAUCUCAAAUUUCUCAGAAAGUCAAGGAAGGAGUUAAAGCAUCAACACAAUCCAUGCUGUGUCCUGAUGCAGAUAAUAAGCAGUUUGCACAUGCAGGCGGAUUUGAAACUGAAGCAAUUGACUCCAGAACUAGAAUUCAGCACUCUGAAAUAUUUUCAGGUAUUGAUUCCAGGCAUGCACCACCAACCUAUGAAGAUGUAAUUUCAGGACAAAUAUUAGAUAUAUCAGCUGAUAACACACCAGAAGAAUUGCUGAAGAAUUUUCAAAAAACAUGGCAGGAAAGUGAACGCGUCUUCAGGAGUCUUGGUUAUGAGAUCUCAGACACCAACGAGUCAAGGUGGCAAGAAGAUGUGCUUCACGAAGAUAUGGUUUUGACCGAAAAUACAAGGUCUUACCAGGGAGACCUGCACAGUUUGUCGAAAGAUAGUAUAUCCCAUGGAAAGUCUGGCAGCCGACAAGCAAAUCUUUCAUAAGUCCUGUUUCCGCUGCCACCACUGCAACAAUAAAUUAAGUCUUGGAAAUUAUGCAUCGCUCCAUGGACAAAUGUACUGCAAACCUCAUUUUAAGCAGCUUUUCAAAUCCAAAGGCAACUACGAUGAAGGUUUUGGACACACACCAUGCAAAGGAGGCCAGCUAAAUAACAGCC